AUGCCGAGCGCAGGAGCGAGCGGCGACGCUCGUACAGCAUCGUUUGCUCAGAUUUCGGAGAUUCCAGGCACAAGCACACGAGAGGCGUUGACACUACCUCGCCCAGCAUCAAAGCCGACGUCAAUCCCGCCGUACGCGACACUAGCAUUUGGAGCAUUGUCAGGUCUCGCCUCCUGCGUGCUGCUUCAACCGUUCGACCUGCUCAAAACUCGUCUUCAGCAACUAGACCAUCACUCACCUUCCGCCCCGACGAGCUCAGCAGCUGCCACACAGCAGUACGCUUCUCGGACGCAGAAGCUUGUUGCGAUCACCAAUGACAUCAUCAACAGGCAGGGCUACCAGGGGUUGUGGCGGGGCACCACUCCUACAGUAAUACGAAAUGUACCGGGAGUAGCACUGUACUUCUAUUCCGUCUCGCACUUGCGGGCUGUAGCCAGUGCCAAGCAAAUACCCUACAUCUCCGUCGCCAUACCCGAAACCUCUCGAGGCUCGAACUCUUCGACCCUUGCAAAGCUCUCCACCACGGGAAACCUCCUGACAGGAGCGGUAGCACGUGUCACCGUAGGCUUCAUCCUCUCCCCCGUCACCGUAGUCAAAGCGCGGUUCGAAAGCAGCAACUUCUCCACGCUCACCGAACGAACCCUGCUUUCGUCCAUGAGGGAGAUCCAUUCCGCCUCCGGGUUUCGGGGAUUCUUCCAAGGCUUCACAGCGACAGCGUUACGAGAUGCACCCUACGCAGGGUUGUACUUGGCACUGUACGAGGGGUGUAAGAGCAAACUUGCCGGUUCAUUGGGUACGGGGAACUGGAUGGUGGUCAGUGGAAGCGGAUUGGUGGCGGGGACGUUGGCGACGGUGAUCACCCAUCCGUUCGAUAUAAUCAAGACGAGGAUGCAGACUACUCCGACAGAAGUGUUGCAUGAGAUUGCGAGGAACAGUGGAGGUGCAGUGGGAAGGGAGGCAUCGAGACCGUCGGUGUGGGGUAUGACGAAACAUCUGUGGUCGACGUCAGGUCCGAGAGCGCUGCUCGAUGGACUGGGGUUGCGAUGCGCGAGAAAGGCAGCCAGCUCGGCGAUCGGCUGGAGCAUCUUUGAGGGUGGCAGAAGCUGGUACACCGAGAGAGAGUUGAGGUUGGGCAAUGGGAUACAGACAAAGAGGGCCACAGACGAAAAGCAAGUCUAG